GGACAACGGCGCAGCGUGGUGACGUCACUGCGCGGCGACGUGCAGACAUGGCGCUUGUUUGUAUUUCCAAGUAAAUAAACGAGGUGUCUUCUCAAAAUACUUAAAAUCGGGCAUUUAACUCCCCCGGAGUACAUUUUUCUUCAGGCAGACGCUGUGUGGGUUCCGUCCCGGUGUGUGCUCACUCCCGCUCCUCCAGUAUGAGUGGUGGUUUGGCACCAAGCAAAAGCACCGUGUACGUGUCCAACCUGCCUUUCUCCCUGACCAACAGUGACUUACACAAGCUAUUUACAAAAUAUGGGAAAGUUGUCAAGGUGACCAUAGUGAAAGAUAAAGACACCCGCCAGAGUAAAGGCGUGGCGUUUGUUCUCUUCCUGGACAGAGAAUCGGCUCAUAACUGCGCAAAAGCAGUGAACAACAAACAGUUGUUUGGCAGAACAGUGAAAGCCAGCAUCGCGAUAGACAAUGGCCGCGCAGCCGAGUUCAUAAGGAGGCGGAACUACACCGACAAAACAAAAUGCUAUGAAUGUGGGGAUACGGGACAUCUUAGCUACGCAUGCCCCAAGAACAUGCUUGGAGAGAGAGAACCUCCAAAGAAGAAAGAAAAGAAAAAGAAGAAGAAGCUUCAACAGCCCGAACAUGUUGAAGAAGAAGAAGAAAGUGAAGAGGAAGGAGAAGACCCAGCUUUAGACAGUCUCAGCCAAGCCAUAGCUUUUCAGCAAGCCCAUAUUGAAGAAGAGGAGAAGAAGAAGAAGGAGAAACAGGCAGAAGAACACAGUGCUAAAGCUUCAACAUCGGCAGACUCUCGGAAACCAAGGAUCAAAAAGAGUGCGUACUUUAGCGAUGAGGAGGAGCUCAGUGACUAAGUUGGGACUUCAGUAUCCACUCAAUAAAUGCAGAAUAUAAUUGAUUUUUUUUUUUUUUAGAUUCUAUGAUAUACUGUACUUUAUCAGUAACACUGGCAAAGUAUUUUCUUGUUUCUGAAAUCUCUGCAAAUGUUUUGAUCUGUAUUUGUUUUCCUGUCAGUUAAUUAAAGUGUUUCCAU